AUGCAGCAAGAGCAGAACGAGAAGAAUGUGGUGGAUUUUGACGGACCGGACGAUCCUUUGUAUGCUCUCAACUGGAGCACCCGGAGAAAGGUCUAUACGACAGUAUUGUACGGUCUGACGACUAUGACCGCGACGUGGGCCUCGAGCUGCAUCUCGUCAGGGUUGCCAGGAGUCGCCUCGGGGUUUCACGUCUCCGUCGAAGUCGCGACUCUAUCCAUCACAUUGUUCCUCUUUGGUUUUGGCAUUGGGCCUCUCUUAUGGGCUCCUUUGUCUGAAGUGUAUGGCAGGAAAGUCGCCACUCUGCCAGCCUGCGUGGUAGCAAUGUGCUUCAGUUUUGGGUCGGCCACAGCGAAGGAUAUCCAAACGUUGAUGAUCACACGCUUUUUUACCGGCUUCUUCUCAAGCGCGCCGGUAGCAAAUACUGGAGGAGUCUUGGGUGAGAUGUAUUCUUCCAACAGCCGAGCUAUCGCCAUGGCGGGCUACUCGCUGGCGGUUGUCGGUGGGCCGGUCCUAGGUCCUAUCGUGGGCUCGGCCCUCGUCGUUCAACCUUCGCUGAGUUGGAGGUGGACAGAAUACAUAACCGGAAUCCUGUCGGCGAUUGUUCUAGCCUUCGAUUUCCUCUAUAUCCGAGAGACAUAUUCACCCGUCAUUUUGCGCCGAAAGGCCAUGAGACUGCGGUUGGAGAGUCGAAAUUGGGCCCUGCACUCGAGGUCCGAAGAGUGGGAUACCAGUUUUGCGGAGCUGAUGCGCAAGUUCUUGAUAAGACCGUUGGAGCUUCUCACGACACCGAUCUGCUUUGCCGUGGCUUUGUAUGCGAGCUUUUGCUAUGGCAUCCUGUAUAUGCAGCUCGGAGCCGUUCCCAUAAUAUUCCACGAUGGGCGAGGCUGGCCCCUGGUACGAAGUUCUUUGCCCUUUCUCAGUAUUACGGUCGGGGCACUCCUCGGAGCGGCAGUGAACAUCUACAAUCAAACUAGGUACAACGUGCAAAUCUCGCGCGUGGGCACAAAAUGCCUUCCUGAAGCCCGGUUGCCCCCAAUGAUGGUCGGAUCAGUCUUCUUCGCUGCCGGCAGCUUCAUCACUUCAUGGACGGCGGCGGGGAGAUUUCCUUGGAUUGCGCCGUGCAUCGGCCUCACCUGCACUGGCUUCGGCUUCACCACCAUAUUCCAAGCCGCCAUGAACUACUUGAUCGACACGUUUCAGCCGUCUGACAGCGCUGCAAGUGCCGUUGCUGCCAACACUUUCAUGCGAAGUUGUUUUGCCGGGUCGUUUCCUCUUGUUGUGCAUCCAAUGUAUGACAACUUGGGUACACCUUGGGCGGGUAGCCUGGUUGGCUUCAUUUCCAUUGCCAUGAUUCCAAUACCCUUUGUAUUCUAUCUCUUUGGAAAGAGAAUCAGGUCUCGUGGGAAGUACUCAAGAAACGAUGAUGAGGAGGGAUGA